GUUUAGAUGGGGACAGGAGUCGUGAGGACUCCAGGUCCGAGUUCUCCUAAGGGUACGUAGCUGUCGCGAGUGUGUCGUGGGGAAGGACCACCAGAUGUCAUGCCCGAUGUCGAGUUGUUGUCAACUCAACCACGCCAGCGCUUGUCCGACUCGAGCAACGUGCACCUCCACCAGACGACAUGUCGACAUGUCGUCUGGGCCCCAGCAGCCAUUCCGCAGCAGAAACUUGAAGCCAUGUUGCAUCAGAGCAGAGAACAGCCUUGGUUCCUGCAUCGGUGUCCAGCAGCCGGACGCCACCGAUGGGUAAGACAGCCUCACGGGGCCCCUACAGAGCUGUAUGCCACAUGCCGUGAACCCACAACGGUGUUUUACCGUCCAAUAACGGGAGUUUGGCCAGCGCAUGGUGCAAGGGGAAAUCGACAGCCGGAACCGACGGCUGCAACGGUGCACUCAGAGGCGGCCCUGGUCAGGCUGGGAAGAAAUGCAGCCGCAUGCACAAGACUGCAGGGCUGCCAUAGUCCGUCCGAUGUCUUUCUUCUUUAGCAUGGCCCCUGCGUGUCACUGCAGCCGCAGCAACAGAUCGAUGUGCACGUCCAGCAGCGUGGAGAUGGUGACCAGAGCCGUUCGGUGUGGCUUGGAGUCUUUUCGUCUUUGGAGGUGUGGAGGCUGUUUCGACAGGGGGUCCCCCAAAUGGAAGCUUUGGCGAGGUUUCAGCAGCGCCAUGGAAAGAGAUGACGCCCAAUCCGGCAUGGCCCCCGGCGGUGUCCCAGUUUUCUCCGGGAGGCAGCUCAUGUGUUGCAGGUCGCCGGGAACCAAUGACGUUCCCGGGCCUCCACUGGUCGACGACUCCGAUCCGUUGUUCGGCAGAGCUGAACCGCCAUGGUCGAGACGUCGUCCACUCGAUCGUUUGCUCACUUGCCAAAAUCGGUUCAAGGGCCUCCACAGAACGGGCGACCUGCCCAGUCACGGACUAAGACGUUGCUCUGCGGUCAGAACCUUACCAUCCGGCCCUGUCCGAAUGGUUGCUGACAGUCUUGCCAAGACCUCGGAAGACGGUGAAUGUCAGCUUUGCAGGGUCUCUGGCCUUGAUUCGCCUCCACCCACCGCACUAUGCCGCAUCCUCGACCAGAUCAUCAGGGCCAUCUCACUUCGAAUGCCUAAUCCGAUCCCACAGUCCCGGGUACGCGGUAAGGCAGUCUGGGCCGUGCAUGAUGUUGCCAACUGCUGGGGGCUCCCGGUAUCUUUGUCAGCCGACAUGCAUAUCGAAUAUCAUCACCGGACAUCAGUUCGCGAGGGAAGAAGUCAGCUGGGGAAAAUUCUCCCGAAUAUUCCACCACCUCAUGGACGGUGAGUCGGCCUUGCUUUGAGUGUGAUUGACACGCACUGCUCUAUUGUUACUUCAUUCCUGAAUGCUGCAUGUCGACGUUAUGGCUGGAGUAGGAAACGAGUAACGUGGUCUCCAGGGAUAUCAACC